UCAUUAUUUAAUAUUUCGUUCUUUGAGUUUAAGUUACCGCUGUGUAGCUGAGGACUGGACCCAGUGAGCACACCCAGUGAGCACAAUACGUUAUUUCAAUGUUGAAAUAUGGUUGAAAUCGGGUUGAAUUGAGGUCUGAACGUCUAAGACCUCAUUUCAACGUUUUUUCAACCGGCAAAAAAGUGCGAGAAAAGGGUAAAUUUCUCGAUUAUGUGUCAUGUUUUAACGUAAGGUUGAAAGAGAGACGAUACUAUCAUUAAGAUUAUCAUAAUAAUGAAUGAAGUGGUCGGCGAAAUUUGGUCUACGCAAAGACGUGAUUUCAACGCAUUUAAGAUUUUUCUUAAAUUCUUCAUGAAUAUGGAAAUACAGAGUGUGUGUCUGUUACGCCGCAGACCCCGGCUCGGGAGAGGAGGCGUAACAAUAUGCUUCAAGGACAAAAUAAUGCGGGCCGUUUCAAACAUUAGUUGAAAACACGUAACUCUGCUCACAUCUGUAACGCGCAAUAUCGGUGGUAAACGCACAAAUGUGGACGUAAUUUCUUUUUACACCUAUAAAAUAAUGCUAUAGCACAAAGUAGAGGACGACAUUUUACCGUAUUAAAAAUCACGUUGAUAUGUGGUCCAAAUAUAGACGUCUUUUCAACGUCUACGAAUAGACGUUGAAACAACUUUCACUUUUAAACCAUUUUGCAACGUCUUUUCAACGUCGGGCAUAGACGUUGAAAAGACGUUGAUUCAACGUCUGUUCAACCAAAACAUGUUCACUGGGGAUGGUGUAGAAGGCUUUAAAGCAACAAAUAAAUCAAAAUCAUGGUGUUUGGCCAAAGGUUUCCUCUGCUGUGAUAGGCCUCUUGUUUAUUGUGUAUAUUCAGUGUGCUGCUAGUUGUUUGUUAACCUUCUCUAUACUUGGAACUUGGAGUCCAUCAAACAGGGAUCCCAAGGGGCCAAUCGAGUGCUGUUCCUUAAACCUUGUGUGUUGCUAUAUUGAGGUGCUACUCAUUCUUUGAUUGAAGAAGGUCACCCUUUGGGGCAGAUUUGCAAAUGCUUUAAAAAAAUGAACAACAAAAAAAUCAUAUAGCUCCAGCACAUUAGCAAAGUUUGAUACAAUAAGUGGUGCUUCGACUUCAUAUUGUAUCGUUGUGAUGCUUUAUUAAUGACUUGAAUGCCAUUGACUCAUUGGUUGUUCUCCCUCAUAUCAAAUAUGUAAAGCGUCGUCAACAAAACCACUUAAACAACUUAUAAACCCCUUCAGAAAGGCUAAUUGUCCUAUUCCUUGACAGAAAAUCCGUGGUUUUGUGGCAUGCACAGUGACGGAUGAGAGUCACUGGGCACUAUGACCCAGCAAAGAGAGAGAGAGAGAGAAAGAGAGAGAGGAAACAAGGCAGUGAUGAUGAGUGCUGCUCGUUGAUGUCAGAGUGUGUAUAAAAGUGAGACUUUGGGUUGGCUCACCAUUCAGCCACAGGGGGUCUGGGGACCAAGUGCAGUGGAAAACUUGUGCCCUACAUGCGGAUUAUCUGUGGCAUCUCCCCAGAGGUUGGGACACCAGAACGCUCUGCUCAUCGUUUGUAUUUACAUUGAAACCUUUUUUUCCGUCUUGUGUUGCGUUCACAGUGUUUGAUAAGUUUUCUUUUCAUGGCUACAAAUGUUUGAAGUUUGAAUGGCGAGGGAUGGAUAUUGGCGUGCACAACUUGGUGUCUGCACAUUCGAACCUGAAGUAGAAGAAGCAAAUGAGAUGUUAGGAAUCGGACCGAACACGCCGGUUUAACUGAUCGCAUGGCUCGGUUAAGGAGACGUCCGCGGGGAGAAAGGGCACCCUGAAAGUCAGACAUCUCGGGAGGAGGAAAACAUCAAAUAAUGGCAAAAAAGUGACUUAAAAAAGCGAUGGAGCGCUCCGGUCAAGUCGAGCCAACUCCGCCGGGGAACACCACGAACGGCACCUCCGCGGCGGACUCUCCGCUCGCGGCCGUGGCCGCGGAGGGUCUCGCCUCUCAGGUCACUCUGGCGGUGGUUCUGUCCGUCUUCACGCUCGCCACCACUUCCUCCAACGCCUUCGUCAUAGCGACGAUCUCCCAGUCGAAGAAACUGCAAACGCCCGCCAAUUUUCUGAUCGCCUCUCUGGCCGUCACCGACCUGCUGGUGUCCAUUCUGGUGAUGCCCAUCUGCGUCCUCUACACGGUCAUCCACACCUGGACGCUGGGGCAAAUAGUGUGCGACGUCUGGCUCUCCUCGGACAUAACGUGCUGCACGGCGUCCAUCCUGCACCUGUGCGUAAUCGCGCUGGACCGGUACUGGGCCAUCACGGACGCGGUGGAGUACUCCAAAAAGCGCACUCCGGGGCGCGCGGCCGGGAUGGUGGCCACGGCCUGGGUCAUCGCCAUCUCCAUCUCCCUGCCGCCGCUCUUCUGGAGGCAGGUGAAGGCGGACGAGCUGACGAGCUGCAGCGUCAACACGGAUCAUAUUUUCUACACCAUCUACUCCACCUUCGGGGCUUUCUACAUCCCGACGUUGCUGCUCAUCGUGCUCUACGGGCGGAUUUACGUCGAGGCCCGGAAGCGGAUCCUGAAGCAGUCGCCCAAGAAGUUGGGCAAGAGGCUCACCUCGGCGCACCUGGUCACCAACUCGCCGGGGUCCGUGGCGUCCACGACGUCUCUGCAGUGCGGGAGGCACGACACCCCGUCCAGCGACACGGGGUCUUCCACGAGCGACAACCACGUGAAAGUGACCGUGUCCGAUGCGCUGUUGGACAAAAAGCGCAUUUCGGCAGCCAGAGAGAGAAAAGCGACCAAAACUUUGGGGAUAAUCCUCGGCGCUUACAUCGUUUGCUGGCUGCCGUUUUUCAUUUACACUCUGGUGGUGGCCACCUGUGACACGUGUUUUAACCCCGAACUGUUUGACUUUUUCACCUGGCUGGGAUACCUGAACUCUCUCAUAAACCCGAUCAUAUACACAAUGUCCAAUGAGGACUUCAAGAAAGCUUUCCAUAAACUUGUACGCUUCAGAUGCUGCCGCUCGUAAACGAAUGUUACUUAUGUGUGUGUUUUUGGAUAUGGAUUUCUAAAUAAAGUUAAUGUAGUAAGAGUGGAACACACACUAUAAGUGUUCGAGACUCAAUAAGAUAAUAAGACACAAAUAAGAUUUGCAAGAAAAAGUUAAAAAAAUUCAAAUCAAUUUAUUGUCAUUGGUUAAGAUUUAAAAUGACAACUUAAUACAACAACUUAAUAAAUUAAGGCCAUUUUUCAACCUAAUUCCCGUGGAUUUAAAACUAAAACCAAGUCAAGGCAAAUUCUAUAAAAAAUCCUACAAUCUAUCACCUGUGUGAUAGAUUGUAGGAUUUCGGUGUGGAUGGUAUUUACGUGUACAUAUUCCACAUUAAUGUGAGUAGCAGCUCGGAUCAUAAACAUCAUGACAUAUGCAGAAUAUAUAUAUUUUAUAACAGCAACUUUGUUCUCAUUACGUGUUACGGUAGAUUUAUUUUGAAAAACUACAAAAAUAUAUCCAUGUAUUAUGAUAAAUUAUACCAGUGGGAUACAUUUUUAUUAUGCUGCUAGCUGCCACUCUGACUGAAUCAUCUUUUGUUGUAAGGCACAGUUGGAAAAAAAAAAAGAGAAAGAAAUCAUAUCCGUGUCAAACAAAGAAACUGCAGCAGAUAUUUGCACAACAGUGCUGUAAGCUGAUCAUAAGAACAAACAUCGCUGGGGGUUUACUGUGUGUGGGUCUGUUUGCUGCUACAUUCAGUCUGUAUCUACAGCGUGUCAUGUUCAUGUGUGCGAUGGUUUGCCACCUCCUCGCUCUAUAGAUGCUGCACUGCAGAGCUCCAAAAACAAUUGAGGGUUUGUCCGCGUUAAAUGAAACAAAGUAUGUUCCGUUCAAUGAAUUUAACAUUCAGACAGGCUGUGCAAUAAAGGCGUAAAGUAUGUAUUUUGUUCUAGAAGACUAAAUCCAGUUCAAGAGUUCAAAACGUAUUGAAAAUCUGCAGUAAAAAUAUUUCGUUACUGACACAUGUUGUUGGUGUAGUGCACUUGCAGUUUUGAAAAGUGUUACCAUGAAAUGAAAUGAGACUGUAGAUCAAUGCUCCCAUCACCAUGAUGUCAAAAUGAAAUCCAACAAACCUCUCGAGGCCCUCGCCGAACGUGACGGAGCAUUAAACAUUGCAGAUUAAUUGGGAUGAAUCCGCGCGUUGCUCUCCACGUUGCUCUCGAAUGUCACGUCCGGAGUCUCUUCUGCCUGAGCUUCUCGAGCUUUGAGCUCUCCACCAUCUCCCGGCCCUCUCAGUCUCUCUUGCUCCUUUCCAAGAGGAGGACGCGGUUCGCUUGGUGAAGCGGCUUGCGGUAGUUCAGAAAGUCACGGGAGGGACGGCGGGCCGUGCUCUUCUGGUGUACUUCACGCACACAGAAGAGGCCACUCAUAUUGCCAACACACAUGCAACCACGCAUACGCUUUCCUUAUAUGGAUCUUCAUGCGGCUUGUUGUGCAGGAAACAUGAGUGCACCCGAGGCUCGGACUCUCUGCAGCAGUUGACGACAUGUCGAAAGACUGACAAAAGUGAAUCUCACGAUGUUAUGAAUUUGUUACUGUUCAUUUAAUAUCAUCCAAGUAUAUUAGUAUGUUUAAUUGUCUGCGUAAAGAACGGUUUGUUGUUGAGAAAAGUGGUUGACAAAAGUAAGUACAAAAGGGCCCAGAAACAACACAGGGACACGAUUCUUGGCCGGGUUUGAUUUUUUCACUUGUAAGCAAACCAAAUAGGACAAAUGAGUCCAUGUUGUUGCCCUACAAAAGAAAUGAGGAGAAAUGUUUGAGAUUUGAGAUGAGAAGACAACAAAUUAGUGAGUGGUCUCCAUUGUUUGUCUGUUUUAAAACUAUAAGCCUACACGCUGCUCUACGUAUGAGGGCCCAAGGGAGGCGCUUUGCUGUGGAUUAGGAAACAUUAACAUAUGCUUACAACUGUAAAAUAAAGCAUCUAUUUAAAGUUUAUACUGUUUAUGAAAGACUUUGUAGGGCAAGUAUGUUAUUUUUUGCUUCAUAGUGAUUUCUUUGGGACUUUGCAAGUUUUAUCUGUGCAUAGUGAAUUGUUUUGGCUUAUUGGAUGAUGUCUUGUAAGCGUCGAUGUCUUAAUUGUAGGUGUAGCUGUCGGUCUCAAGCUUUUUUUUUUAUUGUUCA